GUGGUCUGCGACCACCCUCGUCAUCCGCAAUCUUCCCGACGUCUUGGCCAGUCAAGGGGAGGUGGUCAGUUGGCUCGAUGAGGUCGGACACGGACGAGGAUACGACUUCCUCCUCUACGUGCCAAAGAAGACGAACCCGGUCGUUUCCCAGGUUGCCAGUGGUGCCUACGUUUUUGUCAACUAUCGAAGUGCACACCUGGCACAGGAUUGCUUCCAUGCUCUUCAGCACAAAGCGGUUGACAACGGCACGACCAAGGUGGUCCUCAACGUGGUGAUUUCGAAGCUCCAGGGCAAGCAGGCUUUGACCGAGCGCUUCAAAGACCUGGCAAAGAGCGGCAGGCUGGUGCCUCUCGUGGAUGAUCGGACAAACGAGCAGCUUGACAUCCAGAAGACACAGGGAUCGCAGCGGCCCAGUUCCUGGAUGUACCAGUAG